CAUUUGCCUAUAUAUUUACGCACGUCCCUAUUCUUUUCCCUGCCGCGGUUCUACAUCAGCCUCUACACGAAUAAAAAUUGUUGCAAUUUCCUUGAACCCAUAUUCUGUUCUACUUCUGAAUCUUCGAAUAAUUGAAGAAACAGGCUGUCGGUUGUUAUUUUUCCAGUUUAAUUGAACUUGUAUGACGAGCGCGUCGGAGCUAUUCAACACCAGGAGGUCUCGUUUUGGUCGGAGUUCGAAUCCUUUGGACCUCGAACCGGAAUUCAACUCUCCAACCCCUCUCGAUCGGAACAAUCGCCGCCACCACCGCCACUCAAAUAAUCACCACCAUCAUAAUUCUGGCGGCCGCGAUCGGCUGGAUAUUGAGGGGUGCAAUCCUCUGCGACGCCUUCCGCGUCAGUCUCGACACGCGCCUUCUAAUCGUCCUCCGCUUCCACUUCAAGAACGUGAUUCAAUUUGGCUUGAUCGAGGGAUCCACCACUCUGCUUCCGGAAUUGUUAGCAGUGGGAACAGUCGGCUUCCCGGAUCUGUACUACUUGCAAGAGAAAGGCUUCUACGAAGGUUGAGAGGUGUCACUCUAUCUGGAGACAGACUAGUUGAUGCUGGAGAUUGGGAAACUGAAACUUCCGAGGACUGGCAGGCUUCAAUUCCCUUGUCCACUGAUUCUGUGACGCAACAAAUAGGUAAAAGACCUCCAGGACUCACUCAAGAGGCGCUGAACUCUUUGCACGUCGAUAUAUUCAAUGACUCGGAUGAAAGCGACAAGCAGGCUAUAUCGAGGGCAUCAAGGGAGUGUAGCAUAUGCCUAGAGAGCUUUUUGAUGGGAGAUGAGCUAAUAUGCUUACCUUGUGCUCAUAGGUUUCAUUUUCGUUGCUUGGAACCCUGGCUACGGACUUGUGGGGACUGCCCAUAUUGUCGUAGGGAUAUAGUCGUAACUACCGACGAGGUUAAAAGCCCCGAAUUUUUAGGCGUUUGAAUGGCUUUCGUCAUCUGUGUAUUAAGUUCUUCGUUACUAUGGUGAUCGUUGGAACUUUUCUGCGUAAAUUACAAUGUUGUAAAACGUAACAUGUACGUGUUUGAAAGAUUUCGAUCAUCCUUUUGUAAAUAUUUUUUUGAUGACUAUUGACUGUAUGUAAAUUUUGAUAAGAUAUAUAGAACGUUUGAAUCCUAUUGAGAACUCGA